GACCACCACUAUGAUGGAUCAGGGAUGUCAUAAGAAGAUGCCCUUGUUGGCACUAUCUCAAUAGUUUUAUUCCGGCGCCGAAAGUGAUGGAGAAUCUCGUGGAUGAGGGAAAUUCUAGGCCUUUCAUUGUUUAUUACAAGUAUUAAUAUUAGUCCAGAGUCCCAGAAUCCAAAACAAAAUUGAGAGAAAUAGAGAGAGCUCAGACGGGAAGAAUUGAAUCGACGGAGGCAUCAGUUUGUGGGGCGUCGGACUGGAAGAUGGAGCUGCUGACACCCACCCCUCCUCCCCAACUCGCCGGAGCUUACUUCUCCGGCUUCUAUUCUCCGACUACUUCCCUUUCCUCACUCGAGCCUCCUUGCGAUCUUCAUCAUGAUCACGAUCAUGCUAUGACUCCACGACUGCCGGAAUUUAAGGAAGAAGUUGGUGACACAGUCACAGUUGCAGUUGGGAAGGUUGAGAAAACAUUGCCUUUGCUUCAUUUCUGUUUUCGGAGGUUUGGAUGCCGAGAGAUCGUUCUUCUUCAUGUCCAUCAACCUUCUCCCACCAUUCCUACCCUCUUAGGAAAACUGCCUGCCAGUCAAGCAAACGAGGAAAUGGUGUCUGCGCAUCGGAAAGAGGAGAUGGAACAGACAAGAAAACUUCUAUUCAAUUACUUGACCGUUUGCCGGAAAGCCCAGGUGAAAGCAAGAGUCAUCACCAUUGAAGCUACACAAGUUAAGAAAGGCAUUGUAGAUCUGGUCAACAUACACAAUAUCAGGAAGCUUGUGAUGGGGGCACCGCCGGCUAAUUGCAUGAAGGUGAAGAAGACCUCAAGCAAAGCAAACUUUGCAGCCAAAAAUGCUCCUCCAUUCUGCGAGAUAUGGUUUGUCUACAAAGGGAAACAUGUCUGGACGAGGGACGCUUCUGAAGGCCUGACUAUUCUCCCUUCAGUUAUCAGUCCAUCUGAUACAGUAAUUUCUGAAAGACUAAGAGCUAGUUCAUCAUGUAAUCUUAUGGGUGAGCACAUAUCCAAUCAUACAUGUCUUCAGACAGAUUCUCCCAGUAGUGGUACACUCUGCUUUGGGGUCAGAAACCAGGUCCAUACAGUAUCAGAUAAAGUAGAAGUCGCUUUAUCUACAAGUGGGUCCUGUUCCACCAAUCAGUUUGAUUCUUUGCCUGCUGAAAGGCUGUUACCAGCAGAGUCUGACUCAAAGGUAGAGGAAGAAAGUUUAUGUAAUCAGCUUAAGGAGAUGAUGACACUAGCUGAGACAUCAAGGAAUGAAGCAUUUACAGAGCUUGUGAAGUGCAAAAAUUUGGAAGCAGAAGUUUUUGAAGCUAUCAACAAGGUCAAAGUGUUUGAUUCUUCCCUUGCACGUGAAAUUAAGCUUCGAGAGGAAGUCGAGGACAUACUCAGAAUUACUAGACAACAACAAGAAAAGCUCUUGGAACAAAGAGAAGAAGUUACUAGAUACCUCCAGGAGAUGAUGAGAAACGUAGCUGUACUUGACAUUCAUCUUCGGGACUCGACUCGUCGGCAUGAAGAAGCUGCUGGAGAGUUGGGAUUAAUCCAAGCAUUCCUUGCAACUAUCUGGGAUGAAAGGGAGAAGCUACAAGAGCAAAAAGCAGAAGCCGUGUCUCAGCUGGAACAGUGGAGAGGUCGUGGACAUGCUGAAGUACCUAACUGUGAUGGGUCCAUACGCUAUGUCAAUGAAUCUUCUCAGUUCACAGAGUUUUCUUUGUCAGAACUGCAGACUGCAACAUGCAACUUUUCAGAGUGCUUUAAGAUUGGUGAGGGAGGAUAUGGAUGUGUUUACAAGGGAGAGAUUUUUAACCGAAGUGUUGCUAUAAAGAAGUUGCAUCCAUAUAGCAUGCAAGGUCGAUCAGAGUUUCAACAAGAGGUUCUAGUUCUCAGCAAACUACAACAUCCUAAUUUAGUUAAUUUGAUUGGUGCAUGCCCAGAAGCUUGGUCCCUGGUUUAUGAGUAUUUGCCAAAUGGGAGCCUCCAAGAUCAUCUCUGCCGAAGAUGCAACACUCCUCCCUUAACGUGGAAGACCCGGACACGGAUUGCUGCCAAAAUUUCAAGUGCCCUCCUCUUUUUACACUCCUCAAAACCGAAAAAAAUCAUCCAUGGGGAUCUGAAACCUGAAAAUAUCCUUCUUGAUUCAGAUUUUAACUGCAAAAUUGGAGAUUUUGGGAUUUGCAGGCUUGUCCCUGAGGAAAGUGUUGAUUUUCCAAGUUUCCGCCGGAAUACUGAACCAAAGAGCGCAUUUCUGUAUACAGAUCCAGAAUUGCAGCGGAAUGGAAAUCUGACACCGAAGUCUGACAUUUACUCCUUUGGGAUCAUUAUUCUACAGCUACUCACUGGUAGGCCUCCAGUGGGACUGACCAAUGAGGUGCAUCGGGCUAUGUUGUGUGGGAAGCUGACAUCGAUUUUGGACAUGUCCGCUGGAGAAUGGCCUACAUCUGUGGUAAUACGAUUGGCUGAUGUGGGCUUACAGUGUUGUGAACUGAACAGUCGGGAUAGACCAGAGCUGACACCAGCUAUGGUUAGGGAGCUUGACCAGUUACAUGUUGCCGAAGAGCUACCUGUGCCUUCUUACUUCUUGUGUCCGAUUCUUUGGGAGAUAAUGCACGAUCCUCAUGUGGCAGCUGAUGGCUUUACCUAUGAAGGCGAGGCCAUUCGAGGAUGGUUGGAAGAUGGAAAUGAUACUUCUCCAAUGACCAAUUUAAAGAUGAGCCACUCGCAUCUUACUCCAAACCAUGCACUUCGGCAUGCCAUUCAGGACUGGCUUUCUCAAUCUUAAAACCCUGUAUCUGCACGUGGGCAUCUACCACAUUGUGCAUUUAUGAGCUAGGAUGUAUGUUUCAUUUUGUGUAUGUAUGUAUGUAUGUAUGUCAUGAAAAGCAGGAUGUGGGAAAGUGGGAUGGAGAAUGAUACUCCCAAAAACUCAAGUAGGAUAAGAUGUUAGGAAAUAGCUCAGUUCGGGAACACCUUUGUUUUAGCCAUCAGUCCCUAUGUGUGACUUGUGGAGGUAACCUGGAUGUGAUCUCCUGAUGGCUGCCCUCUCAAUGGUAUGCUUCUUUAGGUACUAGGUUGUCUGUAUUUUGUAAAGUGCCCUUAUUAUUUUCCCGAGGAUAAGUGGUAUCGGGUGAAUUUGUUGUCCUGAUGUUUUGAGUUCUCAACCAAUUUGACCAUAAAUAGAACAGAGCUCUUGUAU